AUUUGCCGAGUCCGUUACCGUGGAAUUCAAAUAGAGGCCAUUUCCGAACGUGGCCGCCUGGGAAAAGAUCGCUCGAGAGACGCAUGAAGAGCAAGCCCCGCGCAAUAAUACAACCUGUUCGCAGGAAGACAGCAGCAGAGACGAGAGAGAUGGUGCCCGUGACGGGCUUGGACUCGGACACACUGCACUUGGCGCAUCAGCUGCUCACGUUCAGUCGACCGCCGACUCCAGUUCAAAAUUCGGCGAAAACGACCAACGCUUCCAACAACAACGUUACGUCCCAACUCCAGUUGCUGACGCCGCCGCACAAGAUCGUGUCCCCGCUCAAGUAUAAACGCCUCAGCAUGUCCCCGGUCCCGUUUCCGAACUCGGCCUUGUCGGCCGUGCUCAUAAACUCGUGCGACAACAUUGCACCAGAAGAACUCCUCCGACAACAUCGUCUUCGAUUCAAAGCAGUCCGAAAGCGGUGGCAAAAAUGGCACCGCGAACGACACAAGCGCUUGUCCCGCUUCGACUUCAAGCAACCCCCGUCGCUCCCACCCACCCCUUCCAGUAUGCAUCGAAUCAUCAUGGAGGCCGAAGAAGAAGGCACGUGCAGGACAGCUUGAGAACGAGAGUUCCUUCGUUCACAUUUAGAUCACGUUGCCGUACUACCCCGUGUGCCCUGAUUGCGAUAAGGGAAUAAGCCUGUUGCACCCGUCGUGUCCAUCAGACUGCUUUAUCAAUUUCAGUCGAUGAAAUGGAAGGUGUCGUGUACGCCGCGGCGAUCUCGU